UUGGCCAUUUUGUAAAGCAUGGACCUCCACUAUACGGUCCUUCUGUUUAGGUUGGUUUGUCUUGUGUUAACAGACAAUUCUCGCGAUUCUCGGAUUCUGCUUAAUGAUCCUAGCCUAUUGAUAUCACAAACCCAGGCCCUGGAAUCUAAAAUUCAGCUAUUGACGACUGCAUAUCACAACCAGCAAAGUACCAUACAUGUAUUACAGUCCCAAGUACAAACAGGAAGUAACGGUGGUGCUGUGUACAUACGAUGGGGGAAAACGUCAUGUUCUGCCAAUAUCUCAGAAACUGUAUAUUCUGGAUUCAUGGGAGGAUCUGAUCCUAACAGCGUUGGUGGGGCGGCAAACGCUGUUUGCUUAACAUCUCAACCAGUUCUAAAAGAGGUAGGUGGCGAAGGACAAUUCAUGGGUGGAGCAGAAUACGGAUCGAACUCCUUUGGACCUACAGCCAACAACGACGUGCCCUGUGCUGUAUGUAGGGGAUUACUCGACCGUUCCGUACUUAUGAUUCCUGGAACCGAUGUAUGUACUCCGGGCUGGAAUCUCCAAUACCAUGGACUUUUAGCUGCAGGACACGAAACCCACAAAUCGGCAACUCAGUUUAUCUGCGUAGAUCAUGAUGCGGAAUCUAUAAUUGGUGGUGAAAGUCCCUUAGGACUUGGUAGGCAAAUAUACGCAGUUCGAGCAAGAUGCGGGAGUCUUGAGUGUCCACCAUACCACAACUCGAAAGAACUGACGUGUGUUGUAUGCACAAAGUAAUGUCUCUGUGUCAUUCUGCGACUUAUCAAUGUAAAACAACUACGAUCAAAAGCGAUAUCAAUAAAAAUGGUCAUCA